AUGCCCUCAUGCCCUCAUGCCCUUAUGCCCUCAUGCCCUCAUGCCCUCAUGCCCUCCUGCCCUCAUGUACUCAUGCACUCAUGCACUCAUGCCCUCAUGCCCUCACGCCCUCAUACCCUCAUGCCCUCAUGCACUCAUGCCCUCACGCCAUCAUGCCCUGAUUCCCUCAUGCACGCAUGCCCUCAUGCCCUCACGCCCUCAUGCCCUCAUGCCCUCAUGCCCUCACGCCCUCAUGCCCUCAUGCCCUCAUGCCCUCAUGCCCUCACGCCCUCAUGCCAUCAAGCCCUCAUGCCCUCACGCCCUCAUGCCCUCACGCCCUCAUGCCCUCAUGCCCUCAUGCCCUCAUGCCCUCCUGCCCUCAUGUACUCAUGCACUCAUGCACUCAUGCCCUCAUGCCCUCAUGCACUCAUGCCCUCAUGCCCUCAUGCCCUCAUGCCCUCAUGCCCUCAUCCCCUCAUGCCCUCAUGCCCUCAUGCCCUCAUGCCCUCAUGCCCUCAUGCCCUCAUGCCCUCAUGCCCUCAUGCACUCAUGCCCUCACGCCCUCAUGCCCUCAUGCCCUCAUGCCCUCAUGCCCUCACGCCCUCAUGCCCUCAUGCCCUCAUUCCCUCACGCCCUCAUGCCCUCACGCCCUCAUGCCCUCAUGCCCUCAUGCCCUCAUGCCCUCCUGCCCUCAUCCCUCAUGCCCUCAUGCCCUCAUGCCCUCAUGCCCUCAUGCCCUCCUGCCCUCAUGCCCUCAUGCCCUCACGCCCUCAUGCCCUCAUGCCCUCAUGUCCUCAUGCCCUCCUGCCCUCACGCCCUCAUGCCCUCACGCCCUCAUGCCCUCAUGCCCUCAUGUCCUCAUGCCCUCAUGCCCUCAUGCCCUCAUGUACUAAUGCACUCAUGCACUCAUGCCCUCAUGCCCUCAUGCACUCAUGCCCUCACGCCCUCAUGCCCUCAUGCCCUCAUGCCCUCAUGCCCUCACGCCCUCAUGCCCUCACGCCCUCAUGCCCUCAUGCCCUCAUGCCCUUAUGCCCUCACUCCCUCAAGCCCUAA